CGACCCCCCCCCCAGCAGCGCAGAGCCACCGCGAACAGGCGACGGGUGCAGGUCCCGCCCCGGCCCCGCGGGGGAGGGAGUCGGAGACGGACAGACCGACCGACAGACCGCCAGCCCCACCGGCCUCCCGAGGGGGCGGGCUCAGCACUUGACUGUGACCCUCCCCUCUGCUCCUGCCUCCGGGGAGGAUGGAAGGGCCUCGUUUCUGGGACACCCCAUAUAAGGGGGUUCUGCUUGCAGGCUGUCUCCUGUUGUGCUGGGGUCCCCGCGCUGUGGUUUGUACUGUUGUGGUGCACGUGAUCCCGGAGGCUCCGUCCGUGGGGCAGAACAUCACUCUGUCCGUGGAAGUCGGCCUGGAGCUCCUGCGUCACUUCGACUGGUACCGUGGGCGGCUGACUGAUGGCAGCACCCGCAUCUUCAGCUACUUCCCGGGGCAGGACCGCCCCCAGCGCAACGGGGUGCAGUUCACGGGCCGCGAGGUUGGCUUUCCCAACGGGUCUCUGCUCCUCCGGGGUGCCCAGGCCAAUGACAGCGGCAUCUACCAGGUCGCCCUGCAGCUGGUGCCGCAGGGCAGCGAGAAGGGCACCGUGGAGCUGCGGGUGAGCGCCCCGGCGACCACCCUGGGCCCAAGGACGCUGCCCCCCCCGGGCUCAGGCACAGGGCCUCCCCCGGCCACAGCGGCCCCCAGCACCCCACAGGUCCUGGGCUGGGUGGUGGCGGGAGUCGUGGUUGGGAUUUUGCUGACCGGAGCUCUGGGAGCCGUGGUCAUCUACCACCUCGUCCUGCGCAGGUCGGACCUGACCGGAGGCUCCACAGGAAAACUGGAUCCCAAAGGGAAGAAACCACCAAGAUCUGCCAGGGAUGACACGGAGCCGAUUUACGAGGUGAUGGAGUCUCCGUUGGAGUUGCCCCAGCCGGAGGGGAGAAACCCCGAAACUGACCCCCAACCCCCCCCGGCUAUGCCCUUGCCUCCCCAGCCAGACCCCAACUACACGGAGCUGCUGCAGCGAGCCGAGUCCGUGUACACCCAGAUCCAGAGGAGAACUCCCACCCUCAGCCUUCAGGCCAGACCUCACAUCCUGGGGAUCCCCCCAUCAGCAUCUCCAGGGAACCCCCCCACCCCGAAACCCAGCCUCCCGGGGCCCUCCAACGCCGGAGCCUGGAUCAAACCGCUGGAGGAAGAGCUGAGCCGGAGGCCGCUGGGAACCAGGCGUCUCCACUGUCCCGGCAGCUCCCGGCGGGUCCCGCAGCAGCGACGGGCGAUGGGGCGAAUCCCACACAGACCGGGCAGCCCUUGGACAGGGAUUCUCCUGGCAGCCUCCGUCCUGGGCUCCUGCCUCCAGCUGGCCCCGGCCCAGACCCCAGUGACCACCACCCCACCGAGCACGGUGCAGACACGGAGCCCAACUAGCCCUGUCGUCUCCACAGUGGUUCUGCACGUCUCUGAAAUCCUGCCCAAGCUCACGGUGACGCCCGGCCAAAUCCAGGUGCUGGAGAACUGGACCUUCACCCUCACGUGUAACAGCUCCCCCAGCGCCAACACCGUGCUCUGGCUCCGGGACGGGGUGUCCCUCGCGCCCAGUGAGCGGCUGGUGCUGUCCUCCAACAACCGGACCCUCACGGUCAUGGGUGUCACCAAGGGCGACGCUGGCGCCUACCAGUGCGAGGUCGGGAACCCCGUCAGCACCAACCGCAGUGAGCCCAGCACCGUCACAGUGGCCUAUGGGCCAGACUCUACCAGGAUAGACCCUCCAGGACCCAUCAACCUGACCUUCGGGUCGCUUCUGAACCUGACGUGUGUCGCCGACUCCGUCCCAGCCCCCAGCUAUCGCUGGGUUCUCAAUGGCACCGACACUAAGGAGACCGGGAGCAGCUUGACCUUUAAUCUCACGACCUGGGCUCAGCAGGGCACGUACGAGUGCCGGGCUCACAACCCCGUCACCGGCCGCACUGCCUGGGCGUCUGUCGCCGUUCUCUCUCUGUUCCCAGAAAUGCUACCCAGGCCCACGGUGACGCCCGGCCAAACCCAGGUGCUAGAGAACGGGACCUUCACCCUCACGUGUAACAGCUCCCCCAGCGCCGACACCAUGCUCUGGCUCCGGGACGGGGCAUCCCUCGCGCCCAGUGAGCGGCUGGGGCUGUCCCCUGAAAACCGGACCCUCAAGGUGCUGGGUGUCACCCAGGGUGACGCCGGCGCCUACCAGGGCGAGGUCGGGAACCCCGUCAGCACCGAACGCAGCGAGCCCAGCACCGUGACGCUGGCCUAUGGGCCGGACUCUGCCAGGAUACACUCUCCAGGACCCAUUGGCCUGACCCUCGGGUCCCCUCUGACCCUGACGUGUGUCACCGACUCCGUCCCAGCCCCGAGCUAUCGCUGGGUUCUCAACGGCACCGACAGUAACGAGACCGGGAGCAGCUUGACCUUUAACCCCACGACCUUGGAUCAGCUGGGCACGUACAAGUGCCAGGCUCACAGCCCCGUCACCGGCCUCACGGCUAGUGUGGAGACCGAGGUACGUGCUAAGGCUCCGAGAGGUGCUCCUUCAGCUCUCUCUGCCUGGGCCAUCGCUGGGAUCGUCAUCGGGUCACUGGCGGGGGCGGCGCUGGUCGGAGUCACGGUCCAUUUCCUCUACUCUCGCUGCCGGAACGAGACCCCCAAGGAGAACGAGGCACCCGUCCUGGUGUACGAGAACCUGCCCCCGACAGCCUGGGUGGGGCCAGUGGCCCAGCCCAGGAGCCCCCCUGACCCCAGCCCCACGUACCAGACGCUGCAGCCCCGACAGCCGGACGUGUACGAGGAGCUGAAGAAGUGACACCCCCUCCUGCCCCCAGUGUAUGGCACAGGGCACCGAGGGGUUCAUAGGGCCCCGGCUCUGAUGUCUCCAGACCAGCCCCCAAAGGGGCUCGGGAGGUCCCUGCCCAGAGCCGGCAGCACUGGGCGCGGUGACUGUGGUGAGCCGUAUGCCGGGGGCACAGCCGGAGCUGUGUCUGGCCUGGGUCCCAGGGGCUGGUUCCAGCCGGGCAGCGGGAGGCGCCAGGCCCAUCCCUGGCAGACAGGAGGCACCGGGCCGUUCUCUCUGUGCCCAGCUCCGGGGGCGCUGGGUGGUACCAAGCUCGCCAGGCAGCUGGUUCCACCCGGAGCCAGGCCCCAGCAGCGUCUGCACCAGCCCUGGGGAAGCAGCUGGCAGGGAAAAGCGCCCAGUGCCAGGUGUUUCUGAGGCCAGACGCUGGCUUGGGGGGAGGUAUCGCGGGGCGGCACCCAGAGUCCUGCCCCGAGGGGAGCAGCUGCCAGCUGGUUUGUCUCCUGCAGGGAGUGUUGGAGCCCGACUGGCUGGGAGCCGGGGGGAGCUGGACGCUGGCGGGAGCUGAACCCCGCAGGAGCUGCCAGGGGUGGGUUUGGGACGUCAGGGCGCUGGGAAGCGCAUUCCCAGUUUAUUCUCCAUCUCACCCAUUGUCCCGUUAACUCCAGCAGCUCCUUCUCCCUGCUCUGGGCAAUAAACUCAGCCUGGUUUUCUCUGUAACGCCUGGCCGGGCCGGGGCCGAGCGACACUGGUUGGGGGUGUGACGAACUGGGACUGUUCUUACUGUGGUCUGUGAAUGCUGACAGGGGGGUGUGGCUAGGAUAGUCUGCACUGGGGGAUGGGAGUCUGCCUGAAGGAACAUACCUGAGCAUGUAACAUAAGAACCCAGGAAGGGGUUGGAGGCCAGGUGACUCCGGGGCCCGGGAAACUGAACAAAGGCUGUGGGAGGGGUCGCUGGAAGCAGAGUCUUGGAAGCUGGGUGGUGAGAUGGUGGGGAGUCAGAGAUUGCUCUGACCUCCCAAGGGGGGCUGGGAUGCCCUGGGACCCCAAGAUGGACCUAACUGAGGGGGGCCCUGUUGUCUGUACCUGCAAGACCUGUCUUGGACUGUAUUCCUGUCAUCCAAAUAAACCUUCUGCUUUA